AACACUGUUGCAUGUUUUCACGAGUGAUACGUCGGCCCCUGUGGCCUAGUCCGUAGAUUAAUGCUUCAUAUAGGCUAAGGUCGGUUGCUGUUGAUUCGCAGCCCCGAGUGCCGUAAACGCGCAGCAGCAGAUUUACACGCUACGGUCCCCCUCAAGAGGAUGCUACCUGAAGCUCAAUGAUGCACGGAACUCGGAGGAUUUCGUGAUCAGGAUGACAUUUGGUUGAAACACUCGUGGGCCGAGACACAGAACAAAACUCUCUUAUUUUUUCUGCGGCAAGAAGCUGCUUCAAGAUCCGACCUCUGCCGAACUAGACUCUCGGUUUUCAGUCUCGGUUCGGGGAGAUGGCCGCGAUCGCCAGCUCCCUGAUCCGGCAGAAACGCCAGGCGAGGGAGUCGAACAGCGACCGGGUCUCGACUUCGAAACGUCGCCCCAGCCCCAGCAAAGACCCCCGCUCUCUCUGCGAGAGGCAUUUCUUGGGGGUCUUCAGCAAAGUCCGUUUCUGCAGUGGCAAGAAAAGACCCGUUCGGCGGCGACCAGAGCCGCAGCUGAAAGGCAUCGUGACACGACUGUUCAGCCAGCAGGGCUUCUACCUGCAGAUGCAGCCGGAUGGAACCAUUGACGGCAGCAAGGACGAGAACAGCGACAACACCCUGUUUAAUCUUAUUCCUGUGGGUCUGAGAGUGGUGGCCAUCCAGGGGGUGAAGAGUGGCUUCUACAUCGCCAUGAAUGGCGAGGGCAUGCUCUACAGCUCAGAGAUGUUCACACCCGAGUGUAAGUUCAAGGAGUCCGUUUUUGAGAACUACUAUGUGAUCUACUCGUCCACUGUGUACCGUCAGCAGGAGUCGGGCCGAGCCUGGUUCCUUGGCCUCACCAAGGAGGGGCAAGUCAUGAAGGGCAAUCGGGUCAAGAAGACUAAGCCCUCAUCACACUUUGUGCCCAGGCCCAUUGAAGUGUGUAUGUACAGGGAGCCGUCACUGCAUGAGAUAGAGGACAAACACCGCUCCAGAAAGAGCUCAGGGACUCCCACCAUGAAUGGAGGGAAAGCUGUCAAUCAGGACUCCACAUAGCAGCAAGGGGAGGGGCUGCCAGCAGGGGGCGUGGCCUCAUCCUGACUCGGGGGGAGGGGCCAUAGGAAAACUCAACGCCCCCAUUAUACAUACCACCAUCCCCUCUGAAGAAAAAGAGGGAGUUGUGAUGACAACGAGGAGCUAUUACUGUACACCCAAGACAACAAAAACAAAAACUGAACUCUUGCCUGUGAAGACCUUUUAGAUGAAUUAAUAUGAAACCAGAGGAUAUAUAUAUAUGGAAAAAAAAAAAUAUUUUCAAUCAGGACUUGACCAACAUUUUAUGCAAAAAAAGAGAAAAAAGCUGUGAUAAACAAACAAAGGAAUGGUGGUCUCUCUUCACACAAAUACAAAUAUUUACCAUUUCCAAUUUAUGCUGUGAAAAACAAGCUUUAAUACAUGUUCAAUUUUCAUACAUAGUUUUUUUUUUUUCUAAAUGCUAUUGCACUGUCACAUGCUUUAUCGUGUUAUUGCUUUCAGUAAUAACUAUAUCAUCAUCAUCAUUAGUAAUCAGUUGCUCUUAUCAUCCCAGCCACUAUCACGGAUAUUCUGGCUUUCUUUUGUUUCGGAGACUAAAGAACGUAAUUUUUAUUUUUCAAUUACUCCUAUGUUUUUUCUCUCACAGUUUGAUCUUGAAUGCACUGUCACGCUACCUGCUCUGGUGUGAGGGUGAGACUGAAUGUAUUUGAUUGUUCUCUGUGUUAGACUCCAGGUGAAACAGAGGGUGGGAUGUAAUUUACUCAGGUGUGUACUGUAAGUUAGACUAAUGAGACUAAUAGGACAAAUAGGGCUGUUUGAAAUACUCUGAAAACUCAUGAACUCCCCUAUGUUAUCCUGCUAUGACAGGAAAGGACUGAUGCAAGCAAUAUAAUAGAGAACAGUCUAGUAUGUCUCUAAAUAAUACUUGUAACAAUAUGACAACACAUCUCUGUGGUUGGUGUGUUUGUCAGUAGAGGAGACUGACAAAGAAAGUUGUAUAAGCAGGUCAAAGUCUGAAUCAAAGGAAAACUGUUUUGAUAUAGCUCCGAUUUACUCUUAACUUUUGCAAGGAUUGUUAGGUUUUAAGUAAAGAGAUGUCCAAACUUGUCUGAAAUGGCAAAGAAUAGUAUUCUCUCCAAAAGCUGAGAGGAAAAUAAUGACCAGCAUCAGCACUAUGAGCCAUGGCCAAAAAUGGUCAAUUCACAUUUGCACCUGAAGAAACACAGACCCCUUUUCUGCUGUUAGCUAGGCUGUAACAGCAACUCUCUAAGUAUAACUAUAUAACAGUAACCAUGCUUUUGAACUAUAUGGACAAAUCAUAUAAUAAUCCUUGAUAGAAUACUUCUGUUGUUUUUUUCAAGAGAAAGGAUGGAAGUUGUUUUGGUAGGCCUGGCAGUGAAGAGUGAAGAGUUGUGUUGACUGGUUGUCGAGAAGUUAAAGUGAUUUCUGGUAUUUUUAUUGUAAAACAUUUGAAAUUUCUCAACACUGGUGGACAAGGUGCCUGACUGUUUAAUAAUCCACUGACUUGACCUGUUGAUAUUGUCAGUGUAAGGUCACAAUCAUUAAGACUUUCCCAUCACAAUGGGAGCAGAGAGCCUCACUGAAGAGCCAGUUCAUCUGGACUUAGCCAAGUUUGAGGAAGGAUGUCUUACCAUCCCAGUGAGAGCAUCUCACUGUUUGUUUUCUCUGACAUGGUAACCCAUACAGUCCCCAUCCCUUCUGGCUUUGUGACCCAUGAAAUGAGCCAUUUGCUGCAUUGUGAAGGAAAGCUUCUCUUUCAUAAAUCAACCUGCUGACAGGGCUGUGUAAACAAGGUGAAUUGACUGGUACACCGCGCACGCUGUGUACACUGCAUAACUCAUUCCUAAUCCCCAAUUAGUUUGUCUAACUCAGGAAGUCCUACCUUUCUUUCGUGAAUGGUGCCAGACGUAAAGGCUGGCCUCUCAUUGUCCAGCACCCGUUGCACAAAGCCUCGCCACUGGUGUGGUGUUUAAGGAGGUCGGGAUGGGGUCAAUGGUGUUUUUAUCAUUUAAGACAGUGUACAGCUAAGCCUAGCCAGGUUAGGAAGGUUGUAAAAGGAUUUAGAGGAGGCGAGACAAAGCAUGAGCAUCGCAUGACUAUAAAAUUUGAUGUAAUCUUGGUUUUAUUUUGGGGGUAAGAGCAACUAAAAGAUUGUUUCAAAUUUGGGGAGAAUAGGUCCAAAACCUUUUUAUGCAACAUUUUGAUCAAUAUUUUAGCGAGAGUUCAUACAUCUCUCAUAUAUCUGGUUGGAUAUCCUAUGCUAGGUUGGUGGUAUGUACAGUAAAUAGCACACAUUCAGUUGUACAGAGCAAAUCACCGUGAUAAAUCCUCAUGGAUCCUGGAGGGUCUUCCACCUGGGGCCCGGAUCGAUAGCUGGUGCAAGUUAACCCCAAGAGCUAAUGGUAGAUUAGUUCAACUUCCACAGGACCUACACCAUAACAGUGAUACAUACAGUAUAUUAGAUGUGACACUGAACGUCAACAGGCAAGACCAGCAUAUAUAAAUAUCUUUUUAUAGAGGUUUAUAUUGGUGCAAAUGAGAUACAUGUGGACUUAAAGCAAUGCAUGAAAUUGGAUGUACUCGAUGUCAACUGUUGACAGCAGACAAUGAGAGGUUUCGAGAAACAGAUGAAUAAAGCAAGGAAGUAAAAAUAGCCACUGUGAGAAAAGCAGUAAAGGAGAGCACUUUUGGUGGGUUUAUUGAUGUAUGAAAGGGUGAGCAAAGGCUUUGAUUGUAUGUGGU